UCGCAGCGUCGGUUUGACACCUCCGCUUCCCCCGGAGAGACGCGCUCAGGCCGGCGGAGCUGCAGCACACGGACGGUUGGACGGUUGGACUGACGGUUGGACGGUUGGACUGACGGUUGGACGGUUGGACGAUGGCGACCGGUGAAAGCGCGGCAACCUUCGAGUCGUGGCUCCACCAGGCCACGGACCCAAACAACGAGGGCGACCGCUGGGACUGCAUCCAGGGCUUCUACCAGCUCGUCAACCAGGAGACCGAUGGGCCACAGGUGGCCAUUCGUCUUCUGGCUCAUAAAAUCCAGUCCCCUCAGGAGAAAGAGGCUCUGCAGGCGGUCACGGUCCUGGAGGCGUGCAUGAACAACUGCGGGAAGAGGUUCCACAGCGAGGCGGCCAAGUACCGAUUUCUCAAUGAGCUCAUCAAAGUCUUAACACCAAAGUACUUCGGCGCCUGGACUCCUCAGAGUGUUAAAGAGCAAGUGAUCAAGGUCCUGUACGGCUGGACGCUCUGGCUGAAGGACGAGCCCAAGAUCCAGGAAGUGUACGGCAUGCUGAAGAAACAAGGUCUUGUGAAGGAAGAUCCCAAACUACCAGACACACUAAUCAUGGCUCCUCCACCGCGAAGAUCCUCCGGGUCGGUGUUCGACCAGGAGGACAAGGCCGAGCUGUUGGCCAGACUAUUGAAAAGCGCCCGACUCGAAGACCUGGAAACUGCCAACAGACUCAUUAAAGAAACCAUCAAGGAGGAGCAGGAGAAGGCGGAGAAAGUGCAGAAGCGUGACUCCACCCUGAAGGAGGUGGCGAGCAGCACCAAGCAGCUCAGGGAGCUCCUGGACCGGCACGCGGCCGCGGGAACCUCGUUGCCGCCCGGCGACGACGUGAAGGCCCUGUACGAGCGCUGUGACCGGCUGAGGCCCGGCCUGUUCCGUCUGGCCAGCGACACGAUGGACGACGACGACGCUCUGGCUCAGAUCCUGGCGGCUAACGAUGACCUCGCGCUGGCGGUGAACGCCUACAAAGAGCAGGUGGGGAGGAGAGAGUGCAACGGUGGUGGAGGAGGAAGAGGAGGACGACGUAAAAGCGAAGAAGAAGAAGAAGUGAGGGGUAAAACCAGCGCGCCUACGAGUCCCAGAGAGAUAAAAAGCUACCACCUCAUCGACCUGUCGGCUCUGGACUCGCCACCGACUCACAGAAAGGCUGACUCGCCCCUUCCCUGCGAGUCCCCUUCGCCCCCGCUGAAGCCUCGUCAGGAGAACGCCUUCCCCCCGGCACCCGAGCAAGAUUUGACUGAAUUAGAGUUUGAUGUCUCGCAACAGACGUCAUCGUCGUCGUCGUCGUACUACGACGAACUGAUGCAGCUGAAUGAAGACGAUCAGAAGAGGAGCUCAGAGCAGAAUGGAGGGAGAGGCGUGCUGCUGAGAGCUCGAGGGUGUGGCGGGAGCGGCGUCCUAUCAAAUGGGACGAACACUUGGUGUCUUCCUCCAAAUCAACAGUUCAACGGAUCAGGAUCAACGUACAAGACCCCGACACAGGAAGUGUGUGUGGAGACCGAGUGUCCCCCACAACUACUGAAACACGUCUUUGUGCCGAUGGACACCAUCAAGUCCAGUCACCUGGAGCCGAUCACUCUCUACGACCAGGGCGGCGUCCACGUCUCGCUGCAUUUCGCCAGAAACUCUCCAGCGGGUCGUCCGGGCUUCGCCGUGGUCGUCAUCUCCACGGUGAACACCUCCGCCGUCGACGUGAACGACUUCCUGUUUCAAGCUGCUGUUCCCAAGACCAUGUCGGUGAAACUCCAGCCGGCCUCAGGGACUCACCUACCUCCCUACAACCCCCUGCUGCCUCCACCUGCCAUCUCCCAGGUCGUCCUGCUGGCCAACCCGCACAGGCGCAAGGUGCGUCUACGCUACAAGCUGACGCUGACGCGCGGAGACCAACAGCUGGACGAGACCGGAGAGAUCGACAACUUCCCCGACUGGAACUCUUUGAUCGGCCAAUGAAAAACGUCAGACACUAGGAUUAAAAAAAACAAAAAGAAGAAGAAGAAAGAAAGACUUCCCCACACAACACCUAGAGCAACCUGGAUGUCGAGUUCAGUGAGCGGACGGGGUGAGAGAGACGAGGUGAACAAAAAUGUGGGAAACAGCGACGUCAACGAGCAGACGUCAAGUCUAUAUGUACGGAAAUAUGACAUUUUGUGUUUUGUUACAUACCUGAUUCAUACCAGGAUGAAAUCUCAGAAAGGUGGUGAACCUCCUCAUCAUACAGGUACAGGUUGAUUUUUGAUAUUUCCGGUGGAUUCGGUGCCAUAUGAUCGAAAUGUUUUCUUAAAUACAUAUUUAUUUUUAAUGAAGUGCUGUGCCUCCAAAAAGGUGCAUGACAAAUUUCCCCUAAGGUGUGUGUGUGGGUGUGUGUGUGAACGAUUAUGUUUUCUGCUUUGACGUGGGAAAUAAAUUAAACGUGAUGCUGCCUUCGGAUUGAUGUCACAUUUUAUAUUAUUAUUGUAUUUUGAAUUUGGCCAAUUGUCAAAAAAAGAAGUCUUGAUCUUUACGAAAAUAGGAAAAAAACACAGGAAAAUGAAGAGACAUGUUUGAUUUUGACAACAUAAAGUUCGCAAAUCCACAAAAGUCAAGGUUCAUUUCUACAGGAACAACCAAAGAAACUUUUUUUUUUUGUACUUGCAACAUUGUGAUUGUGUUUCUCAUGUGGUUGAUUAUCAGUGUUCAGUAGUUUCUAGUGUCUCUGUCCAACUCCGUGUUUGCUUUGUUUUCAUUAAUCAGUUGUCAUUUUUUUAGAACAGCGUGAGGAUCAUUAUCUAAUUUCCCUCAUGUUUGUGUAAGUUGCCGUUCGCUGAGACCUCUCUCGACUCCCCAAGGUUUAAAUCCGCGUUACCAGAUCGGUGUUUUUUCGCGAUCACUCGUCUCGUACGACUUCACGCUGCUGUGAAUCUCUACGCGUCACCGCCUGCACUUUCCUUCCGGAGGGUUUGAAUGAUUUCAGGCUGAUUUUGAAGGUUUUACUUUGAGCGUCUGUCUGCCUCCGGCCUGUCGGUCUGACAAGUCUGUCGCUCUUUGGUCAAUAAAUUCAAUCCGCAACGUGCUGGAAAAUCAGA